AUGGCAACACAGGUGAAGGAGUAUGUUGGAAGGACACCAUUGUCCAAUCCCAUCUUUGACAUUGUCUACAAGUCACCAAAGUACAUCGCAGUAAACAAACCAUUCGAUGUAUGUGUUGAUGGCGAUGAUAGGGAGAUUACAUUGCUCAAGCAUCUUGCUGUGAAGUACCCUGAACAUGCAGGACAAUAUAGGUUGGUGAAUAGGAUUGAUUAUGCUACGUCUGGUUUGGUGUUGACUGCAGUGACUCGUGAGGCUGCUAACAAGGCAGGCAAUCUGUUUCAGUCGCGCGAGACAUUGAAGCAAUACCUUGCAUUGGUGUGGGGACACAUGACUCCUCUCUACAUCGAGGGCAAGGAGGGCAGCAAGCAGACAGAGAUCACAAUCGAUCAACCAAUAGCAGACGACAAUAAUGAUUCCAAUUCAUUCAAGAUGAUGAUUGGAACUGAGGCCAAUCCUGGAAGGAAGUCACAGACCAUCAUCAGAGUGCUUGAGCAUGGAUACUAUAACAACAAGCCGGCUUCAAAGGUACAUAUGAUUCCACACACUGGGCGUCGACAUCAAUUGCGUGUUCAUCUUAUGUCACUUGGACAUGUCAUUGUUGGCGACGAAACCUACGGACCCAAGGAUGGGGACUGUCCACGUAUGAUGCUACAUUCAUGGAAACUAUCAAUCGAUAAGCUUGGACUUGACCUCGAGACUCCCGACCCCUUUGAUGGACUUCUUUCAUCGUCGCCGUCUACCUCCUCUUCCACCUCUUCUGCGACAACUCAAGGUUCAACAAGUGAACAGGUUGAUGUACCAGAGAUAACCAAGGAUACACUAGACAGUAACGACAACAAUGACAUCAAGGAAGAAAAUAGCACCUCCACCAUCUCUACGAACAAUUGA